AUGGCGUGGCGUUCCCGCCGGAGUAUGACCCCACGCGGCGGUCGCGGUGCGGCGUGGAAAAUCGUCCCGUCCGCCACCGGAGCGGCCAAGGCGGUUGGGAAGGUUAUUCCCGCGCAGGACGGCAGGCUGACCGGCAUGGCGUUCCGUGUGCCGACUCCCGGCGUGUCGGUUGUCGACCUCACCGCGCGCCUGGAGAAGCCAGCGACAUACGAGCAUAGCCGCGCCGCCAUCAAGGCAGCCUCUGAGGGGGAGCCGCGAGGCAUUCUUUGCCAAACGGAGGACGAGGUUGUUCCCAGCAAGACGCAGCUGGUCCGGGCGCUGGUUUUGAUGCCGUCAGCCCCGCGCCAACAACGACGACCCCGUGAGGGAAACAUUGCUGGCUCCUGGCUUCCCCCGACAAUACGGAGCAAUUGA